AUGUCAACUUCUCCAACUCCACCAACAACACCAGAAUUGAAAGAAGAUGCAGAAUACAACAAGWUUUGCGAGAAACAUCAACACUUGAUACAAACACUUCGCAAAGGCAAUGGAUGGAUGGUACAACACCUCUAUAACUACAAUGGCUUCUGGUUGAGCACCUAUUUCAUCAAAAACAUCUUACUUCUCAAUGCCUUCUUUAAACCUCAGUCUUCAGACGUAUUCUUGGCCUCCUUCAUGAAGUCUGGCACCACCUGGCUCAAAGCACUCAUGUUCUCCACCCUUAACCGCCACCGCUACACCUUCUCCGACCACUUUGAGAAGUUAAGUACUUUGGAGGUGAACAAAAAUGGUGUUGAAAAGUUUGGUAAGCUAAUGGUGGUGGAGAAGGCGGCUUUUUUCAGGAAAGGAGAGGUUGGAGAUUGGAAAAACCAUUUGAGUGAAGAUAUGAGACAACGUAUUGAUGGAAUUACUGAUGAAAAGUUGAAGGAUUCUGGCUUGAUUCUUGGUGCUAGGGUUUGAGUUUGAUCGAGAUCAUCAUCAAGUUUGGGUGGGCAUGGUUUUCUUAGUUCUUGUGACACUAAUCGUCUUGGCAAAGUCUUAGGUGUUUGUCUUUUUAACCUUUUUUUUUAUAAAUAAAAUGAAGUUUAUAACUUCAGUUCU